CUGCUCUCUGCCGCUCUUCUCCAGGAACUCUUUGUUUCAAACAUCCUUCAGUGGAAAAUACUGAAUCUGUUGAUACGAUUUAGAGAUCACUUCAAGUUAAGGCGGCUGCGUCCAGUUAAUUUAAAUCCAAGCUUUGUUCCGCUCUGGGGAUAAUCGUGCAGGAUCUGCGGCGGAUACACUGAAACACUCACUGCUGCGUGCAGACAGAGGAGCUCAGGGGAUCUGGAGUGGAUGGUUUUAAAUGUUGACCACGUUUAACACAAUAUUCACUGGACGGAACUAGAAGCUUUCUGGACUCUUCUCCUGCUCUGUUAACAAACAGAGGGACGAUGUUGUGGGACAAACUCUGCUGGCUACUGGCCCUGCUGGGCUUGUCGUCCGGGGCGGCGCUGCUCCCCUCCAACGAGCCCCUCUCCGCUCCCAGGGUCUUCCUGUCCUUCAAAGAGUUGAAGUCUACCGGCACAGCUCAUCACUUCUCCUUUUUGCUGAACUCGACUGACUAUCGCAUCCUUCGCAUGGAUGAGGACCACGACCGAAUGUAUGUGGGCAGCAAAGAUUAUAUCCUCUCUCUGGACCUGCACGACAUCAACAAGGAGCCACUCAUUAUCCACUGGCCUGUUCCCCUCCAAAGGAAGACUGAAUGUGUCCUGUCAGGGAAAGACACCACUGGAGAAUGUGGAAACUUUAUCCGUCUGAUUGAGCCGUGGAACCGGACCCACCUGUAUGUGUGUGGAACAGGCGCAUACAACCCCAUCUGCACCUACGUGGACCGAGGACGCAGGUCACAGGGGUCCCCCUACCUACAGGCAGCCCAAUCUGGAGGGAGAACAAGUCGGGCAGCAGACUACGGCACUACGUCAGAGCCUUUGGAGGCUAAGGAAUAUAUCUUCCGACUUGAACCUGGUAAAGUGGAUUCUGGGAAAGGAAAAUGUCCUUAUGACCCCAAACUGAACAGCGUCUCUGCUUUGAUCAAUGGAGAGCUGUAUUCAGGAGUCUACAUUGAUUUCAUGGGAACAGACUCCGCUAUCUUCCGUACACUGGGGAAGCAGACCGCCAUGAGGACUGAUCAGUACAACUCCAGAUGGUUAAACGAUCCCACGUUCGUCCACACACACCUCAUCCCAGACAGCGCUGAGAAGAAUGAUGACAAGCUCUACUUCUUCUUCCGGGAGAAAGCCUCUGAAAUGGGCCAGAGUCCCAUGACCCAGUCCAGGAUUGGGCGGAUCUGCCUGAAUGAUGACGGUGGACACUGCUGUCUGGUCAACAAGUGGAGCACGUUUCUGAAAGCUCGACUCAUUUGCUCAGUGCCGGGAGCUGACGGCAGCGAGACACACUUUGAUGAACUGAGGGAUGUGUAUAUCCAGCCAACUCAAGACAAUAAAAACCCUGUCAUCUAUGGCGUCUUCUCAGUUUCAGGAGCUGUGUUCAAAGGCUCGGCAGUGUGCGUCUACUCAAUGGCUGACAUCCGUAUGGUCUUCAACGGGCCUUUUGCCCACAAGGAGGGGCUCAACUACCAGUGGGUGGCGUACACUGGGAAGAUCCCUUACCCACGACCGGGCACUUGUCCUGGAGGCACUUUCACCCCCAACAUGAAAUCCACAAAGGAUUACCCAGAUGAGGUGAUCAACUUCAUGAGAAACCACCCCACCAUGCACAAUGCCAUAUACCCUGUGCACAAGCGCCCCCUGGUGGUCAGAACCAACGUGGACUAUGAGUUCACCACAAUUGCAGUGGACCAGGUGACAGCAGCUGACGGGAGCUACGAGGUGCUCUUCCUGGGCACAGAUCGGGGGACAGUCCAGAAAGUGAUUGUCCUGCCUAGAGACGACUUGCAGACAGAGGAGUUGGUCUUAGAGGAAGUGGAGGUCUUCAAGGUUCCCACAGCAAUUACCACCAUGCAGAUUUCAUCAAAACGGCAACAACUGUACGUGGGAUCGGUGUUGGGGGUGACCCACCUGGCUCUCCACCGCUGUGACGUGUACGGUGAGGUGUGCGCUGACUGUUGUCUGGCCAGAGACCCGUACUGCGCCUGGGACGGCAAAUCCUGCUCCAGAUACUCUUCCUCACAGAAGAGAUCUGACCCCUCUAGACGGAGCCGUAGGCAGGAUGUAAAGUACGGCAACCCGAUCCGCCAAUGCAGAGGUUUUAACUCCAACACCAAUAAGAAUACUCUGGAGAGUGUUCAGUACGGAGUGGAGGGCAGCACGACGUUCCUGGAGUGCCAGGCCAGGACUCCUCAUGUGUCUCUCAAGUGGCACCUGCAGAAGGAAAACAGUGACCGGAGAAAAGAGAUUCGCUCCGACGGCCGCAUCCUGAAAACAGAACCAGGUCUUCUGAUCCGCUCGCUGCAGUCCUCUGACAGCGGCAUCUACCAGUGCACAUCCACGGAGAAGAACUUCAAACACACGCUCGUCAAACUGCAGCUCGUGGUCCUUUCCAGUCGCACGGUCAACAGCGUGUUGGUGGAAACGGGCAGUCCGGCCCUCCCUCCACUGCAGUCCAGUGCCUGGACUCCGAGUGCCGGUCAGUAUAAAGACCUGCUGACCAUCCUAAGCCAGCCGGAGAUGGGCCUAAUCAACCAGUACUGCCAGGAUUACUGGCAGCUUGGAGACGUCAGCCUCGGGGGAAACAAAGCCAAAAGCCUGAAGGAGCUGAAAGAACAGAAGAAGCCUCGCAACCGUCGGCAUCAUGAUGAGCAAACGACUCCGGCUGAGACAUGAGGGGCUGGAUACACACCUCAUCACACUCCCCCAGUCUCGCUUCCCCACACCCCCUCCGAAACACUGCAACCAGGGGAAGGACUCCAGUUAGAAAGAUAAACUGAUCUUAACGGGCAGAUACUGCAACUGAAAGCAACGGCAUCAAACAGUUUCUAUUUAACUGUUGGGGGGGGAAAAACACAAUAUUUAUUGUAGGUUGUAAAAAAUCAUUCUUUGUACUUACCUAGAAAACAUGUUUCUUUUGUGAAUAGGUACAUUUGUGCAAAUAUUGUUGUAUUAUUGUUUAUUUCAAUGUGUUGUUAUGUUGAGAAUAUCUUUAUGUUUGGUGUUUUUGAGAAACGGCAACAGUACCCGAGGACUUUGGGAGAAAUCACAGAUGGACAAGGACCGAGAGACAUGUAUUCAGAAAACUGUUGGAGGCGACCAUGUUGGAUCACUUGACUGCUGGCAGUAUUCAGUGUCUAAGCUGGAAGUCGAAUCGUUGGUUCAGAGACAUUCUCGAACUUCCCUAAACUUCCUGACCAGAACGUUCUCCUGUAUAUUCGACAGUUUUGUUUCACUGCGAGAUACGAGCUGUUGACCGACUGAUCCCCGUAUUUCUUGGGACAUGGAAGCAUAAAAGAAUUGUCAACAGACUGCAGCUGUGACAACAUAUCAGGGUCAAAAUGUGGCAUGUUUAUAAUGAAAGGCCCUCUGGCAGGUAAGAGGUCUCCUCUUUAAUUUGUGUGGUCCGGCCUCAAGAAAUGAUGUUACAUCACCCACCCUAACUCUUCCAAAAUCAGUUGCUGCCAAGUGUUUUGUUUAUAUGUGAAUAACACUUCUCAAUGUCGUAUCCUUAACAAACGUGAUCUCUGUAAUAAAGCUGUGUUUUGUGGGGAAAGGGUCCUUUAAUGGCACAAAAGCUGAAAAUAUAACAUUGCCUUCUCUUUUCUCCUUUUGAGAUGAGACAUUUCCAGCAGGCAGCUAUAUGUGAGUUUGUGACAGUUUGUGAUUAAAAAGAAAAAAAGAAAAAAAAACCUUAAGACACAAAGCACCUUCUGUUGCCAAUUCGGUAAUCUUGAUAAAACGGUAGAUUCUUCACAUGUAUCUGUGGCAUAUGCAGUAUAUUCAUAUAAAGCAGAGCAUGUAGUUUGUAUGCUCAAAGGGUUGUUUUGGCUCUCUAUGAAUCUAAAGCAGGGGUGCUCACACUUUUUCAGCAUGCGAGCUUCUUAUUAUGUGACCAAGUCAAGGCGAUCGACGGGGGGGGGGGGGGGGGCAGAGGCAGAGGCAUGUUAACGCGACACGUAGAGACAGAAAUGACAUGCUUCUGCUGUAAUGUGGCGCUAUAGAGAAAGUGACAGGGGGCGGGCCAAUUUUUGAUGUCAUGCGAUCUACCAUAUACGCCGCGAUCGACUGGCAGGUCGCCGCGAUCGACCGGUCGAGAUCCGCGAUCGACGUAUUGAGCACCCCUGAUCUAAAGGUUGCAUUCCUGCCAGUUUCAUGCUAAAUAUUGGUUUUGCUAAGUGAAUAUGUAUCAUUAAUCAUGUAAACAAUCUACACUUCGAUUAACUUAAAGCCACAAAUGGUUCUGUAUUUUCUGUAUCAGCUGGUUAACAACAGUCGGCUACUUUCUUCAAUCCAAUGCAGCGCUAUACUGCUAACACAUGUGCCGCAGACUUCAUAUCAAAGUUCCAUACAGUUAAACAAACGUCACAACAACCACGCCGAUCACCACCACGCCUGAAGAGAAACAUGGAACACAAUCUUCAGAAUGUGGCUCUUCAUUGUGCAUGGCAUGUACAGUGUAAUGUAAUGUGUAUGGUAUUUAUCUAAAUGCUACGUUACUGUGGAUGUCGGUGAAUGUCUUUCUCGUUGUGGGAAUAUGGAAAUACUAUCAAUGCAAGAAGGAUGCUGAAAGUACAGAAAGGUCAGAUUGUGCUUUUAGAUUUAAAUCUCUCUCUUUCUCUCUCUCUCUCUUUUCUCUCGCUCUCUCUCUCUCCCUCUCUGUGUAUGUCUCUUGUUUUCCUCUUGUGUGUCUCUUCAAAGGUUUGCAUAUAUUUCCAAUAUGUGCAUCUAUUUUGUUUUCUCGGUUUGGCAGACUUUGCUCUGGGUCAUUGAGGUAAAGUAGUGUAUGAUAUAAUGCACAGUUGAUGUUAUUGUAAUGAUUUAAAAAAAAUACCAUCUUCCUCAUCAAUGUUGCUGACUAAUAAAUUAAAGCUCUAUAUUUUAUAAUAACAAAGGUUCUGUUCUGUUUGCUCCCUAGUCUGAAGGGUUAUGUGAUAUGUAACUCGGUGUGUGUGUGUGUGUGUGUGUGUGUGUGUGUGUGUGUGUGUGUGUGUGCGCGUGUGUGUGUGCUAGUGAUCCAAUGUUGGACGAGGCAAAACGACUACUCCAGUAGAAGUAGCAGUACCACACUGUAAAUACUCCAUUACAAGUAAAUGUCUUGUAUCGUUACUUUAUUUAAAUAAAAGUAUAUAAGUAUCA